UCAGCACCCGAGUUAAAGAGCUAUAUGGACAAGAAGUUGUCCAUACAGUUGAAUGGAACUAGAAAAGUGACGGGGACAUUAAGAGGAUACGAUGUGUUCUUGAACAUAACGUUGGUAGAUGCGCUAGAAGAACUGGCUGAUGGAGAGAAAUUAAACAUUGGUACCGUGGUGAUUAGAGGUAACUCGAUUGUAUCAUUAGAG